GUAUACCUUCAGUAUACAGAUAAACAUACAAACACAUACUUAAGUAUUCAUUUGGGCAUUUUUUCCUGCGUAUAUGCUUUUUAUGACGGACAUACAAUCAGACACACCUCUAUUUAACAUAGAAAAAUUAUUUUGGCAAAUACUUUAGUAUUUCUAAACUGCAUUAAUCACUAUGAUCAUUUAGUCUGUUAUUAAUUGCGUUUAUAUAAUAAAGAUUUCAUUUUUAAAGUCAAACCUAAACAGACUAAAUGAAACUGGAUAGAUAUUGAUAACCAUCGAAUUAAUUCUGUUGAAUAAUUCUUUACCAAGUGAAAGUUUUUUAAAAGAAAUGCAAUCUACUGAAUACUCAACCUCAUCAACAACUAAUUUCACGACUGCUAGUACAUUCAGUCAGUCAUUAACAGAGUCUAUCCCAACAAAUGACACUUACAUGAUAACAACUGAAAGUUAUUAUAAUAUUGUUACAUCAAGCUUGAAAGAUACAUUUAGUACAUUAACAACAUUAUCCAUUCAUCAUGAUCACACAACAGUAUAUUCAGAAUUCGCUUGUGUUCGUAGUGAAUUAUCUGAACCAGAUUUUCAGCUGUAUGCAUGUUCUGGUAGUAAAAUUACAUCAUGGAUUGCAAGUAUCUUUUUGGUAACAAUGAGUAUAUUUGGAAUUAUAAAAUGCUUGACCGCUCAUGGAAUACUCAACAUAUUUGACUUACGACGUACUGGAAUUAGUUUUCCAAAACGACCAGAAUUUUUUGUACUCACCUGUUCAAGUUUACCACUAGUAUUUAGCGUUCUAUCAAGACCUCUAUUCACACCAUUAUCACCUACGCAUAAAUACUUCAUCUUAGGCUGGGGAAUGGCACAAACACGAUUCUUUUGUGACCUCUUUACUAGAACCGCUUCGAUAUAUCAUCUUGUCUAUUGGGUUUACCGUACACCAAUAAUAAAUUUAAUCUGGCACAUAUGUUUUAUUUGCAAACUACAUUGUAAUAAAUUACGUGAUGAAACUAAGAGAUUGGCGGCAGCAAGAAAAACUGCGGUGAAAACUGCAAAAACAUCACCCAAACGUUAUAGUAAACAACCUGUUGGUCGGGGAAGAACCUCGGAAUGGGGUUAUACUGAUAAAAGAAGAAAAUCAAGGUCAAAUAAAAGUGUUCGAGGAACUACUGAAACUGUAGCUGCUACACCUAAUUCAUCGUCGAUCAAUACUCUAAUUAAUACGAAUGAAAUUAAUGAUCUAACGAGUCAAGUUGCAAACUCUGGUGGGAUAAAUUUAAUUGCUGCACAACCAUUGUUUAUUGAUCAGAAUAAUGUAUUAGGUCCACCUAAUCAAUUACCUGGAAUGAUGCCAAAUUUGAGCGGUUUAAUGAAUCCUUAUGGUCAAAUGAUUCCUCAAAAUAUGAUGGUUACUCCUGAUAAUUAUAAUAUGUUCAAUAAUGGACCAGUAGGACAACAACUUGGACAACAAGCUAAUCCAUAUGCAAUGAAUAUGGGUUAUGGAAUGGGUUAUGGAAUGACAAUGAAUAUGAAUAAUUAUAUUAAUCAAGUAAAUGCAUAUAAUCAACCUAAUUUUAUGUAUCCUAUGAAUGGUGCCAUAAGUCCUGAUAUUCCUAAAGAUACUACAAAUAAUACAAUAAAUAAUGAUAAACCGUCAAUCAAUGAUGCAUCCGAAAAAUUUUCUACAAUUAAAACAAAAAGUAAAAUUGAAGUUCCAUUACCAACGAAACAAUUUCUAUAUCAUUGUAAACGCAUAAUACCAGGUUGUAUUUAUAUCAUUUCAUUUAUUAUUACUUUACCAUCAAUUACUGCAUUUGAACCAAUUGAAGAAGAUGGUAUGAUAUUAACACGUUGUACAACAAUAUGUCGUUCAUAUUUCUAUUAUGAUUUAAUUGUACUUGUUACCAUGCCAACAAUUUCUUUAAUUAUAGCAUUUUAUUAUUCAUCAUUAAGUAAAAAACAAAUAAAUGGUGAAUUAAAAAUGACAUAUCGUUUAAGAUGUUAUUAUGUAACAUUUAUUUUAUUAAAUAUUCCAAUGUUUGUAUUAAUGUUAACAUCAAUUGGUUUUAGAUUAAGUGAAAAACCAUAUCGUAAUAUAUAUGGUACUGGUAUAUUAAUUGCUAUGACAGCAUAUCAUACAAAUUUUGCAUUAAAAUCAACUAUAUAUACAACUGGUUGUAAUUGUAUAUGUUGUUCAGAUUAUUGUUUAAUGAAAUAUCCUAAAAUUAAUCGAUUAAUUAUAUCAUUUACAACACCAGUAGCUAUUAAAGAUAAAGAAGCAUUAUUAGAAGGGAUAGUUAUACCAGUACGUAUGGAUAAAUAAAAAAGAAGAUAAACAAGCAAACAAACAAACAAACAAAUAUAAAUAAAUUAAUAUAUUUGUAAUAUCCAAAUGAGUAGAAAAAUUGUAUUUUCUGGCGUUUCGUAACUCAGUGUAAGCCACUUUUUCAGAGAAUAAAUAAAAACAUUUUCUGAAGAAGUGGCCUACACUGAGUCACAAAACGUCAGAAAAUCUAAUUUUUCUACUCAUUGGGAUAUUAUAAAUAUAUUAAUUUAUUUAUAACAAUCUACCCAAUGCUUAAUUUAUUCAAAAUUAUCAAAUCAAAACUUGGUAAUGAUACGUACAAACAAACAAACGAAUAGUUUGAUAGUAUCAUUUUUCAUUUAAUGUCCAAGAUAUAAAAAAUAAAAAAACUAGAACAAUUUCUAAGAAAAUCAAUUAUUUUCCUCUCUUUUCAUUUCACUUUAAUUUUUUCUCUAUUUUCUUUUCUUUAUUCUAGUAGUAUGUUACAAUAUUUUUCUUUUUUUUUCAAAAAUUAUGUCUGUAAUGUGUAAACUUUUCUUAUUUUUUAAUGUAUAUUCAAUGUUAAAUAUAUUUAAAUGAAUACUGUAUUACAUGUAGAUAGUAUUAAAAACAGUAUGAAUGUAUACUGAAUAUAUUUAUAGACAAAAGCUUCAUUUUGAAUUAUCAUAUUCUUAAUUAGAUGAUUUUCAUUAUUACCCUGAAGAAGGUCAGAUAAGUUAACUGGACGAAACGUUGGAAUUAUUAUUUAAAUUUCAAUCGCUGAGACUAUUUCAAAUAUAUUUUUUUCAUAAAUAAUGAAUUAGAUCAUUUGUUUAUUUAUAGUAUUGUUAUUUCAUAUUGACUAAGAAUUUCACUUUGAUAAUGGUUACUGUGAAUUAAUUUUAAACAAAAUACUAUCUUCGUAUUGUUUACUUGAAUCUUUUAAUUGAUGUUUAGGACUGUAAUUGGUUAUCCAGCUGACGAGUCUCAAAUAGGAUGAAACAUGAACCCUGAAUUCCACUGCUAACCACUAUUUAUCCUUAUUUAUAAAACGUUAUCUAAUAAUGCCCCAAUUCAUAAUGAAGUGGAAUUUGUUAAAUUUUAAAUGUACUGUGGUGUGUGAUACUGAUGUCAACAGAUAUAAGUAGUAUGUAUCAUCAGUCAAAAGUGGAAUGCCUAACAACAGAAGGUUGACAAAAUAGAAGAGAAGAGAAGGAGAAUAGAGAGUGAUUGGUGCGUAAACGAAGGAACAGUCAAGUCUGAGAAGGAUGGAUAUUUCGCAAAUGAAUUAUUUACUGUAUGCUUCUCAAAUUUUACCAAGAUAUCCUGUCAAGUUGUAUUAACAUAUAUUUGGUUGUUCCCGCCUGUGUUCCCGUUCACUACAGUACCAAUAAAUUAUUAUGAAAUAUCAAAGAAUAACAUUAGAAAAAGAAAAUAGAUAAACCUGAGGAAUAUUUUUAACUGGUC